GCAACACAGUAACAUCGUCUGGAACACAACAACUGGAGUUCACAGUACAGGCUGCCGCUCGAAUAGGGUCUAAACGAAAAGCAAACGUGUAGGGCUGGAUCGUCACCACUACCAGGCUUUCGAUGGCGUGCAGAGUGGAGACUGUUGUUUACGCGUAAAACAUACUAACAAAUCAAAAGGGAUUGCAAGAUUAUUCCACAUUUCCAGUACGAUUUGCAGCUUUAAAAAAUUUUUACUAAUUUGACUCUGGUAAAUUUUUUUCUGAAAAUUCCUGGUAGAGCUGUGUCGUGAGACUCCACUUAGUGAAAUAGGAAAUAAUGUUUCAUUGAUAUUCAAGGAUCUCUGCGAAGUCUUUCAGACACGUUAUUUGGUACUGUAUUUAAUGACUUUAAAACGAUAUUGCGCUGUUCAUAUUUGUUGUUUGUAUUUGACCAAAGUUCUUUGUUUUAUAUGGAAGCGGCGCGAUGCCGUCAGUUUACCCCUUUGCAACACUCGACGGUUUUCCGACUUUGUUCGGACAUGUUAGGGAUACAAAUAUCAUCUUCGUUGUUGACACAUCGCAAAGCAUGCAAGCCUACCUUAGUGCCACGAAGUUUCAUCUGAAGGAAGCGCUUUUGGCUAAGGCCUACACACUCGCCAGUCGCUUUAACAUUGUGGAAUUUUCCAAUAAGGUAUCCAAGUGGUGUGACCGUGUGGUAAUAUGUACUCCACAGACUGUUUCCAGUGCAAUACAGUGGCUUCAGUUUCUCACCUGUGCAUUGGGCAGGGAUCUACUCAGUGCAUUAACAGCUGCAUUCAAUGACCCAUUAUGCCAGGCUAUCUACUUGGUGACAAAUGGUCUACCUGACAAUGCCUUAAAGGAUAUUUUGCACGUGCUACCAUUCAUAUCCCGCGGUCGGCCAAUACACACUUUCUACUUGUCUGAGAAAUGGCUAGACAGUGAAACUCGAGAGUUCCUGCAGGGAAUCAGCAGUGUCACCCAGGGAAGUGCUCAUCUCAUUAGGCUCAGCCACUGUGGAACAAUCAAACAGGUGAUUCCUAUUUAUCCUGCAGACCACUCAAUCUCUGGGCCUCUGUACUCGGAUGUGAUGUACUGCAGUGUCAAAUCUCCACUGGAUAAAAGUCCAUUUAUUGACUCCCGGGCAGGAUGUUCCAACACAGAGAGUUUUCAUAUGCAUCCAGUGAAUGUGUACAGUCCGAGAGAUUACACUAGAAGUAUCUGCAAAUAUACUGACCCAUGUGUGGGACCUCUUGGAUCAAGUCACUUGGCUUUUGAAGUUGCUGUCCUUGCAAGGCAAGAGUCUGAUGGAUUCUUUUACCUGGGCACAAUCAAGCAAGAGAUAAGGAAAGGAAUAUUCCUGAUUGAGUUUGACAAAUCUACAAUGGAUCGAGACGGGAACUGUCAAAUCUCUGUGCAGGAGACUGCAUUAUAUGACAUUAUUCAGUACAACGAAGGAAUGAGGCAUUCUGUGGUCCCUGGUGAUUAUGUAUUAGCACCUUGGGAAUCAGAUGGAAACAGGUAUGGUCCUGGGAAAGUGAUAACUGGAAUUGAGACCAGAGAUCCUCUGCAAGCAAUGGAAGAUGAUGAAAUCUCUGUAAGGUUCUGGAAUGGAAAAACUGUCAAGGUUUCCAAAAACAUAGCCAUGUGGAUUCCACCUGCUAUGUAUGAAAGAGUUUUACAGGAGCUGUUAACUCCAUUAUUAUCAAGGCACCAGCUAGCGGAUGAUGAAUUAACUCCUUGCCGUGAGGUUUGUCUGCAUAGGCCGCAAAUUGAAUCAGCUCACCAGUGCCACUAUGAACCACCGUGCACCCAGUCCUGGUGUUUGGGUUUCCCUGGCCUGGACCCAUGUAAGAGUUACUGGCAUGGGUUCUAUCAUGGCUUCUAUUAUUUGUCAGUCCACCAUCCAUGUUACUGUUUCCCAGAAGUGAUCCCUCCUGUGGCACGGUGGCCAGUAACUGCAAAAUGUCCCAACUCAACAGCUUCUGAUAAAGAUGAACUAGACAAGAAGAUUACUUUGCAGCUUCAGGAAUUAGAUAUUCCAAACAAGAAACGUUCUGAUGAAAACUUGCUGGCUUUACCUUCUUCCUCUUCAUCAUCUGAAGAUUCUGAUAGUUACCCGGAGACAACUGUUAGGAAACCUACUUUGCAAGAUAAGGCAGUGAAUACAGAUUCUCUGUUGAAGAAGACAAAAAUCAAAGUAAGAGACAGGCCUGAAUGGAAGUACUGGAGCCAAAGUCACCAAGAGCUACAUCGAAAGAAACCAGGAACUUGGCCUUCAAGUCCAUUGAGAAGUGCCUCUGACUGUGGUCAGCUAAAAUCUUCCAUGCAGCCUCAAGACCUGCGACCAAAAAAUUGCAGUGCAAUGUUUGAAAGUGUUGACCAUGCACAUCCUCUGAACAGAGUCACAAUGAAAGAUGUCUUGACACCACAGAAGCAUCACACCGCAUCAUCCACUGGGCUGCAGGGUCCACCCAUUCAAGAACGUUUGGGAGAGAACCAGUUGUCACUUGAUUGUCAACAUCAGGAGGCUAUACAGAGAUCAAGAAAGAAAAAGCUGCAGCGAUGGCAGUGGGAGAAAGACAGAGAGCAGCGAUGUGAGGACAAGUAUCAAAGCAUCCAGGAAAAUCGCAGGGAGAAAAUGGUUGGCCGUCUACAGAACGAUUUUAGACAGAUAGAAGAGAGAGAGCAGAAGUUGGAGAAAAUGGAGAGAGCAAAGCAGUAUUUGCAGCAACAGACUCAAGCCAGGAUCCAGUCUAUUGCUUCCGAGGACAAGGAGAGAGAAGCCCGCAGGUUGGCACACCUUCAGCAGGUGACUGCAAGGAAGGACAUGAUGGAGGCCGAGAAAAUGAAAGCAGAUGAAAUAAAAGAAAUCCAGCUGCAGGAAGCGAGAAGAAAACGAGUGGAGCAACACAAUAAAAUGGUGGCAGAAAAGUUCAGCGAAGCAGAAAAGCUGACCUAAGAACAAGAGACAUUCCAAAAAAAUGCAUCAAAGGAGGCAGGUUUCACCAUUUUAGAAGGAAAUUAAGCAGGUUCAAUCUAUGCAUUUGGCAGCUUUGUAAAUUUAGCUUACAUUUAGUGAGUGUGUAUAUCUAUAGUGCCUGUAAAAAAUAAUUCACCCCCCUUGGAAGUUUUCAUGUUUUGUUGUUUUACAUUGAA